CGAGCUGUCUUCUCUUCAAGCCAACGACUUGACUCUGAUGAGUGGUGACUUCCAGUUUUGAAUUGAUCUAUUCAACGGCGGAAGCCAGAGGAAUAUACAUAUAUAUAUAACAAUGGAGAUCCACGCAGCUUCUUGAGAGCAAGAACAAGAGAAUAGAGGAAGGGCUUCCUGAAAGCAUGAAAAUAGAGAGACAGCUUUGUGAAGCAGCACUGCAGGGGAAUGCAAAAUCUUUGUCUGGUUUGCUUGAAAAAGACAGUCUAAUUCUUGAUAGAGUGAUUGUGGGUUGUAUCAGGGAGUCUCCUUUGCACACAGCAGCAACGCUCGGUCACGUUGAUUUUGCUAAAUUACUCUUGAGCUGCAAGCCUGAACUUGCUGGCCUCAAAGACCCACGAGGACAUACUCCGCUUCACUUGGCAUCAGAAAGAGGGCACCUUGAAAUCGUGAAAGCUUUGCUAGAUCAAGAUUCUGGCCCUGGACUCUGCCUUGCUCGCGAUGCAGAUGGAAUGAUUCCUCUCUAUCUAGCAGCAAUUGAAGGCCAAGUGGAUGUCAUUAAAGAGCUGGUUAAGAAGAAACCUGGAACAGUUCUUGAACUUGUGAGUCGUGGUGAGACCAUUCUACACCUCUGUGUUAAGCAUGGGCGUUUGAAUGUGUUGCAGCUGCUGCUGGGUUUAAUGGGUAACUCCGAUAAGUAUGUAAACGUCGGGGAUGCUGAUGGCAAUACUGUCCUGCAUCUCGCCGUAGCAGACAAGCAGGUUGAGAUCAUCAAAUUUUUGCUUAACAACACAGAAAUAAAAAUUGAUUCUGUGAAUAAAAACUCCUUCACAGCGCAUGAUGUUUUAACACAAAGUCCAAAGGACAACUCCAAAGACGAGGACAUCAAAAAGGCUCUGCAAAGUCGAGAUGAAGACCCGGCACAGGCCGGCACAACCACACAAGUCCAAGCCCCCGCCCUAGCUGGGCAAGGUCGAGCCAUCACAGAACCAUCAUCACCACCACCACCAGGCGGCUAUAUGAUGACCAUACAAGGCCAGCACAAUCCCUUCCAAGUUGUACCAAAUGGAACCAUCUCAGAGCCCAGAGAUACGGCCACCCUAGACCAAGUCCGCACGGUACAGGAAAAAGAGGACAGAAGGGACAAGAGAAACUGGAUGGAGAAGAAGAGAGAAACGUUAAUGGUGGUGGCAGUACUGAUCGCCACCAUGGCUUUUCAAGUGGCAGUAAAUCCUCCAGGUGGUGUGUGGCAAGAUGACAGUCCAGGGGAUCCUCUCACCAAUCCAAGUUGGCAUAAAGCAGGCAAGGCCAUACUAGCCUAUAAGAACGGAACAAAUUUCCGGCGACUAUUCCGUUUCAACACAACAGGCUUUGUUGCCUCUCUGAGCAUAAUCCUAUUGCUGGUAAGCGGGUUACCAUGGAGGAAUAGGCCGUUUAUGUGGAUUCUGAUGGUGGCGUUGUGGGUGGCGAUCACAUCCAUGGCCUUUACUUACCUGUUUUCGUUAUUGGCCUUGACCCCGAAGCAUGUGUUGCGAAAAAUGGAUAACCAACUGUCCGUGGCAAUCGCUGCUUGGUCGAUUGUGAUGACAUUGCUUCUCUUGGGCCACACUGUUCGGCUCAUCCUUUUACGGUUUAAUGUGGACAUGGCUAAAUUAUCCAAGAAACUGAUUCCAACACGGCUGAAAAAUUUUGCAACGCCUCAGAAAAGGAAUAGCAACGAUGCUUCUGCUUGAUAAUGAAGCCUAAGAAAAGAAGAAAGGUUUAUAUAUGUAUUUUUGUAUAAUUGUUUAUCUAGGAAGUUGAUUGAGUGUAUGUAGUUGAGUGGAGCUCUGGUUCAGAUUUUUUUUUUUUUGGUUUUAUUUUUGGGCUUCAUGGGGGCUGAUGUUUUAUUAAUUGGCUUGUCUUGAGGUCAAAACCACAUCAAACAUUAGCCAUUCGGUUGUGCUUCCUCCCAAAUGAAGAAAUCCUUUUGCUUUUGUUCGUUUUCAUGUUCUGAAAUAUAAUCAUAAGUAAGAUUUUGGGGGUGUUCA